GCUUUAUAUUUCUAGUUUCCCGAGCCGGUCCGAUUGCGAUGCAGGUAGCUGCGCGGACGGCCACUCUUCGCGUUGAACAUUAAGCCACCACGAGCUCAGUUCUCAGCAUCCUAUACGCAGCGCCCGUCCGGGGGCGAUGCUUCUCGCCUCACCCUACGACAGCGCAUCUCUCAUGCACCCACUAUCACAGCAGGAGGGCUGUCAUCGUGCAUCCUGGCCGGUCUACAACACGCCUCCCUUCGUUCUUCCAACAUUCUUCGGAGAGGGUCUCAAAGAGGUGCUCGAUGUCUGUCUGUCUAGUGGAUUGCUCUAGCGAGUUGCACGCCGGACGUUUACCGCACAAUACCCCCUUACUGUUCGAGACGCGUUGGCCGUCCUCGCUAUGCUCUCGGAGAGUCCUGAAUGGACUCCUCAUGUUAUUCCUCGUCGCUAGGAUGUCGACUCUUGUCCGUGCUCAGGCAGAGGAGCUCAAUCUCCAAGGUCCUGAUCCAGCACCACGACAAUGCAAGUCGACCACCUUUUCGUGGACGGGGGGAACUCCUCCCUAUGACUUGCUAAUCAAAGGGAACGACAGCGACAAUGCACUUCGCGACAGUCACACCAGUGACCUUUCGUAUACAUGGGAUCCCGUUGAUUUCCCCAGCGGGACUGCCUUAUUUGCGAUACUAUUGGACUCCACCGGCCAGUCGAGCCAUGGGAACCAGUUCACCGUAGGGGAUAGUGGCAGUUCCGACUGUCUUGCGCUGGAUAACUCUACGUCGUCUGCAGCGACCUCAACCUCAAUAUCAUCUGGCUCGUCUGAUACUCUAUCCGCGUCGGCACCCACCACUACAUCCACUUUCACUACGCUUCCACAAUCAGACUUGUUGCCCUCGGCCACGGCUAAAACGUCGCCAUCUCUCAGCUCAAAGUCCAAGCAAGCACUCAGCAUAGGAGCAAUCGCAGCUAUCAUCGUUGCCUCCGCGCUCGCCGCGCUCCUCGCCGCUGGCGCGUUCUUCUAUCUCCGCCGGAGAAGAAGGCUCCGUGCACACGCCAAUGCUCGGAGUCUCGGCGCGGCCCAGUAUGACGACGCCCGCAGCUCCUUUGAUGAAUGGCCGGACGAACGAUCCCAUCUGUCGAAAGCCGGAGAGCGCGUGACAUCCUGGGACGCGAACCUGUUCGUCCGCGCGAAGUCGCCCGCGGCGUCGCAAGUGAAAGACAGCUUGCUCGCCUCACUCAUGCCGUCUCCUGGUCUGGAACAGGAUCAUCCGCCAGAAUUGCCAUCGCCGAACAGCAGUGAUGCUGAGCUUCUGUCGUUGGGUGACUCGGGUUCGGACACGUCGGAAGUGGCUGGUGUUCUAUCUUCUCAUCCUCCGCUAUCGCCGUCCUUGGUUACGGACUAUCGUUCUGUGGGACCGUCCUUAUGAUCUACUAUGCUGUGUACGAGAACGGAUGGACUGGUGCCGGACUGCGUAACUUGUUAUGAUGUCUCAGGAGCAAGUGAUCUGGACGUUGAGACUCUCAUCUUGGAGACGUCGUUCUAGCCAUAUCAUGC